UGUACAUGUAUAUCUUUAGUGCACCUACCAAGAUUGUAUUGUUCUUUGUCAGCAUGUUGUGAUAAAAUAUUUCAAAAUGCGCAGUUCUGCUUAAAAAGGUGGUUGUAAACAGUUUUGAGUGUUUCCCUUGUCAAGAUUAAAUAUGGAUUCGAGCAGGUUCAUAAACCCACCUUUCGAUGAAAUGGAUGCGGAGGCAAAAUCAAAAUAUAUUGGAGAUGAAAUAAUGAACUAUUUUCGGCCGUCACGAGAAAACGGCCCUGAAGGAGCUCUAGUUGUUAUUGUUUUGACAAUUCUAGCCAACAUCUUUUUGUUUGUUGCUAUUUUAGCAACGGGAAAUAUAAAAAAAUCUUCAAGUUUGUUGGAAUUUGCAAGAGGAUUGUCAGAAGUACUACUGUUAGUAUCUGUUGCCUUGCAAAGUACAAGAAAUAUAUACAACACCACGGAGACGUCGAAGGCUGUGUCUGGAUUCGUUGCCUUCUGGCUUUUCUCUAUGGGGUCAGUUUGCUUUGGACUGAUGAAAGCUUUUACUGGAUUUUUGCAUUUUACCGGGAAAUCAUCAUUCUCAAAUCUUAUUUGGCUGAUAAUUUUGGUCGUUUUCGCCAUCUCUACUUUUCUAGCAUUUAUUGUUCUAUGCGUGAUGUAUGUCGCCAAUGUUUUGGCUUUCGUUGUUUUGGCAUGCAUGUUUUACUAUCUACCGUUCAUGGGAAUGUGGGUACUGGACGGAGUAAGAAUCCUUCAUCUUAGAAACCAUUCCACCAAAAACGUGGUCGAAAUGGAGACGUUAACAAGAGAUAAACCCGGGACAUCUGAGUUAAAGCAGUCGGAAGGAGAAGUGCAAUUCUUGAAGCCGAUGACAAACUUUGAAAUGUUCAUUGUCAUAUUGUAUGGACUUUGUCAUACAGUUGCGUUUGCCAUGGUUACUAUGAUUAUCACACGAAUUGCCUGGGUGUUCUUUCGACCCGUUUCAACAGAAAUUCGUUUGGAGUCCGUGCCUGGUAUCCUCUGAAUGAAGAUUAACUCAUUCUUAGAACACGACAGUCCUCUUUAUGGCCGCAAAACAUGCAGAACGUGGCUUACACUUGUGGCGUGUGUUGUGUUAUACGGUAUAUGUGAACUCUGGAAAACGAAGUAGUGGUGCUUGGCUUCACUAUACGAGAAAAAUAUUACAAAGUCUUAACAAGAUCGAUCAUAAUGGCGGUGGAAUUCAACUAUUACAAAGAUUAUAUACAAAUAUACAAGUGUUGUACAUGAUAUUUAUAAUACAUGUAUUUGUACACUGUGCACUAGGCCUAUAGUCCUUUAUUAUUUUUAAAAUAAAUUUUCCAAGCAAA